AUGGCGAGCUUCAAGACCAUUUUUCAGCUUUCAAACAAGCCUACUUGUUUCGAAAACAUCACCAUAAGCCCAAUAGAUGGCACGCUUCUUGUGACCCGUACCGACCGCCCGGAGGUCUGGCGCGUUGACCCUGUGAGUGGGGAUGGGUCGUGCCUUGUAACUAUCCCUGGUGUGACCUCUGUCACUGGCAUCUGUCGUCUUGGUGAUAGUACCUUUGCACUAGGUGCCGGCAAUUUUGACUCUACUACGGGCCCUGAGGCUGGAUCAUGGAGUAUCUGGGUCCUCGAGCUCUUUCCCAGCAACGAGCAGCCCGGCCUACGAAAAGCUGCCGCCAUCCCACCCAUUGGCUUCAUCAACGGCAUCGCCAUGUGGGAUCCGAACACAGUCCUAGCUACCGACUGUGCCAACGGCAAAGUAUAUAGCGUCGACGUCUCCCAGAAAGAUACUUUCGAGGUCGCCCUUGCCGAUGAAACCAUGACAGUGCCCGCCGGGGCACCCCUGCCCAUCGGCAUCAACGGAAUCAAAGUUCGCCGUACGCCGUCUGACACCUUUGUGUAUUACACCACUACGAUGCGGAUGUCCCUGUAUCGUGUGCCCGUCUCAGAUGAGAUGACAGCGAUUGGACCAGUCGAGACUCUGUAUUCUGGCUCGAUCGUGGACGACUUUAUCGUCAUGGAAAGCAGUGGGAUGAUUUAUCUAUGCACUCACAACGAAAACACAGUCAUAUGCAUCUCGCCAGACCACCAGCAAUCAAAAAUAGUGGCGGGGCAUAAGAGGAAGAUGGAUCUUGCGGGCUGCACGGCUUGUGUGCUGGGGCAGGACGGAACAAGGCUCUAUGUGUGUACAAACGGGGGCGACUCGGAGCCUGUUGAUGGAAAAACAGAGCCGGCGAGUAUUGUGGAAUUGGAGCUAGCUUGGUAG